UUUUCAUCUUUCAAGAGAGAGAGAGAGAAACACACAGAGAGAUGGUGAAGAGUCCCACAACUAUCUGUCCCUGCUGAUAGACAACAAAACUGCCACACACCCCGCCAAUAAUGCUUGGGACCUUACAAAUCAGACAACCCUUCUCUCUCUCUCUUACCAACUCUCUCUCUUACCAACUCUCUCUCACACACACCUUCAAAUAUAUCUCAUAGCUUAGCCUAGCAUAUCUCUUGCAACCCCAUUUAAGAAGUUUCCACCUUUCAUUUCUUACCACAAUCCCUCUACUGAUUUUAGAUCAAUCCUAUUCUCUCUCUUUUCACACACACACACAAAAAUUUCUCUUUCCUUUGUUGUGAGACUUAAGAGUUGUUUGUUGGUUACUAACAAAGCAUUUAUUGUUAUAUUCUAUAUAAGAGAGUAUAUCAAUAAUAUCAUAAAACAAAAGAGUAUAUUUUUUUGGGGUAUUACUCAUAUGGGGUCUUAUUCUGCUUCUUCUUAUGGUUUUACAUUUAUUACCAUUCUUUUGUUAGUAUAAAUCAUUACCAUACGGAAUGUUGGUCACCCUCAUUGAAAGCUAAAGCAUUAAAUUAAUUUUAAGUGUGACAUAUACACCUCUUUGAUCAUGGAGAGGCUUCAAGGACCCAUCAAUUCUUGUUUCUUUGGUGAAGUGAAUUGUUUAGACCAAACAUUACUUGAUGAACAAAGUUUGAGAUUUGAAGAGGAAGAGCAAUUUCUCAUAUCAAGUUUAGAAGAUAACAUGCCAUUUCUUCAAAUGCUACAAAGUGUUGAUUCUCCACAGUUUUUUCCUUUGAAAGAACAAAACUUUCAAACACUUUUAAGGCUACAACAUAUGAAAAAACCAUGGGAAGACAUAGCUUACAUUCCUAGAAUGGAUUCACAACAAGUUCAAGGCACAACAUUGGAAUUUGAAAGCUGCGUAACACAAGAAAUGUUGGAGAUGCAAUCACCAGUGAAAUCAGAAAGCAAUAAAGUUUCACUUUCAACUUCAUGCAUUGAGAAAACAAGCUAUGAAUGUAACCAACAAGAAGAAACAAAAACAGCACAAUCAUGUUCCAAAUCUCAACAAGGAACAACAAGGGAAAAGAGAAAGAGAAAAAGAACAAGACCGGUUAAGAAUAAGGAAGAUGUUGAGAAUCAAAGAAUGACACACAUUGCUGUUGAACGUAAUAGGAGACGCCAAAUGAAUGAUCAUCUCAGUGUUCUUAGGUCUCUCAUGCCCUCUUCAUAUGUUCAAAGGGGUGACCAAGCAUCAAUAAUUGGAGGAGCAAUUGAUUUUGUGAAAGAGUUAGAACAAUUGCUUGAAUCUCUUGAAGCACAAAAAAGGAUAAAAAAGAAUGAAGAUUUUGGUUCCUCAUCAUCAUCAUCACCACCUAGUUAUGGAAUGAAAUUAUCACCUUAUGAAGAAAAUGAGGUAAAGGCAGAAAACAAAUCAGAAGCAGCAGAUAUAAAAGUGACAUUGAUUCAAACCCAUGUGAACUUGAAAAUUGAGUGCAAAAAAAAGGCUGGUCAAUUGAUAAAGGUUAUUGUUGCUUUGGAAAAUCUUAGGCUAACUAUUCUUCACCUAAACAUCACAUCUUUUGAGUCUUCUGUACUCUACUCCUUCAAUCUCAAGAUUGAAGAAGACUGUAAGCUAGGCACAGCAAAUGAUAUAGCAGAAGCAGUUCAUCAAAUAUUCAGCUACAUCAAUAAUGGUAGCUAAAGAAGCAAGUAGCUAUAACCUUGGGGGGUUGCAGAAGAAUAAAGGACAAGGAAUCAUUGAAGGGAUGGUGGUAAAAGAGUGGCUGGGGUGACGGGGAACAUAGGGCACCGAUUUCUUGUCUACAUAUAUCAAUGUGAGAUGUAUCAUGUUAAUUAGGUAGCUCACAAAAUAGAGAUAGGGCACAUGAUGUUAACGUUUGUUGUUCAAAUAGUUUCACUCUGUUUAUUUAUUGGAAUGUUAGUUGGUAGUAUUGUGUGUGUUGCUUAUUAAUUUGUCAGUACUUUGGUGAAUUGAGAAAUUCAGUUGAUUGAUCUAUUGCGAUCAGUGUA